AUGGCUGCGAGAUCGAAAAAACUACUGAAAGUUAUCGAUGGAAUUCGUUCCUGGAAUAUAACGUUUGUGGAAAUCGAUGAAAAUCUGAAGGGUGAAAAUUUCCAGAUCGCUAUUCACGGAUUCCCACAUCAACCCACUUGUAUGGCGUUCGAUCCUAUUCAAAAGAUUGUCGCAAUCGGUACAAAAACCGGCAUCAUACGAAUAUUCGGUCGUCCCGGAGUGGAUUACGUUGUUUCCCAUCCUUCUUCAUCAGCGGUUAUUGAAGUCAUAUUUCUCAUCAAUGAGGGCGGUUUAAUAUCCAUCUGUCAGGACGAUGUGGUGCACUUAUGGAAUAUAAAACAAAAGAAUCCGGAGCUGGUUCACUCUCUUCAGUUCAAGCUUUGUUGUUGGGCGAUCUUUAUCGUUGCCACUGUCACCAUUUCUAAGCUUGCGAGGAACAGGCAAGUAAAUGCCGAGAGCACUAUCGAACUAAAUAUACCGAAACUAAGCAAUCCAGAUCUCCUAUACGCGCGAGCCCCACUGUUUAAAACACCCACGCAUGUCACCUGGUGUCUAUCCACUGACUGA